AGCCAAUCACAUUGUCCCAGGUCACACACAGCAAAUGUACAGGAAGGAAAGAUGUCAGCCAGAAAUGGGAAAAAUGGUCUACUUGAGAAAGUAAGAAUUAUUUUACACCGUCAUUUAUAAGACACAGGGAUCGGUAAUUAAACCUGUCGUGCUUGGGUCUUUUUCAAUAGUUGGCCGCCUAGCCGAUAUUGUAUUACUCCACGGCAAGCAUGUCUGUCAGACAGACCGUUCAUUUUGAGUUUAAGCUAACGUUAACGCUAGUUUUUAGCAAGCUACUGUAAUUUUAUAAGGCUGGAAGGAAAUAAAGGAAUUGGCCAUGCAAAUAACGUGGCCUUUAGUGGUAACGUUAUUUGUAUGUUUUAAUUUCAAGAGGAACGCAGAUCUCAUUUGAAGUGAGGGAAGCUGUUUGACCAGCUAGCUAACUUGGCUAAGUUAUGGCUAGCCAUGCUAGCUAAUAUUCUUCCUGGUUGAUGUUGGCUAGUCCGAUGUUAACACUACGCGCUAGAUACACUAACGUUAUAUAUCCAAAAGUAUGGAGACAUCCCUUCAAAUUAGUGGAUUCGGCUAUUUCAGUCACACCCGUUACCGACAGGUGUAUAAAUUCGAGCACACAGCCAUGCAAUCUCCAUAGACAAAAAUAGGCAGAAAAAUUGCCUUACUGAAGAACUCAGUGACUUUCAACGUGGCACCGUCAUAGGAUACCACUUUUCCAACAAGUCCAUUCAUAACAUUUCUGCCCUGCUAUAGAGUUGUCCCGAACAACUGUAAGUGCUGUUAUUGUGAACUGGAACCGUCUAAGAGCAACAACGGCUCAGCUGUGAAAUGGUAGGCCACACUAGCUCACAGAAAUGGACUGCCGGGUGCUGUUGCGCGUAAAAAAAUGUGUCUGUCUUGGUUGCAACACUCACUACCGAGUUCCAAACUGCCUCUGGAAGCAAUGUCAGCACAAGAACUGUUUAUCGGAAGCUUCAUGAAAUUAGUUUCCUUGGCUGAGCAGUCGCACACAAGCCUAAGAUCACCAUGCACAAUGUCAAAAGACGGCUGGAGUGGCAAGAAUCUCUGGAGUGAUGAAUCACACUUCACCAUUUGGCAGUCCGACAGACAAUGGAGGAUUGAUGAGAAACCUGUGAAGAUUGACAAAUGGGAUGGUGCAGCUGUCAAGAAUUCUCUUGAUGAUGCAGCAAAGAAGGUCCUCUUGGAGAAGUAUGGUUAUGCAGAGAACUUCAAUCUCGUAGAUGGACGUCUCCUUAUUUGCACAAUCUCCUGCCUCUUUGCCAUCGUAGCUUUAAUUUGGGACUUCCUUUAUCCAUUCCCUGAGUCUAAGCCAGUCCUGGCAAUCUGUGUCAUAUCUUAUUUCAUAAUGAUGGGCAUUCUAACCUUAUAUACCUCCUACCAAGAAAAGAACAUCUUCCUUGUUUCUGUCCAGAAGGACCCCACUGGCAUGGACCCUGACCACACUUGGCAGCUUUCAUCUAGUCUGAAAAGGUUUGAUGACCAGUACACACUAAGAGUGUCCUUCUCAGAUGGGAAGUCGAAACACACGCGGGUGCAAGAGAUCACGAAGUCUGUGGGGGCUUUCUUUGACGGGAACGGAACACUGGUCAUGGACCAGUUUGAAAAGUGUGUGUCAAAACUCCAUGAUACCUUGGCCACUGAAAAGAAGACAAAAUAAUAAUGAUCAGACAUAGCCUUCUUUACAAUGCUGCACCACACUGGCAGAAACUGCAGUAGAGCACACUGGUAUUGUACGGUCCUGGGUGCAUUUGAAUUAGUUAUUGGUUGUUAUAAAAGUCUGCACGCCAUCAUUUGUUGUCCAUUAUUUAAUUUGUCCAAUAAAUGUAGACUGUUGUGCAUAAAAAAAAAAUCUUCCUAUGUUUACCUUGAUACAAGUCUCAUCUAGACAUUGCUUUUAAGAACCCCUAAGACAACUCAAAACAAAGAUUAAUAAAAUAUUUCUUGCACCACUCAAGUUUUUAUCUUCACCAUUGAAUGGUUGUUCUAAAAAAGAAGAGAUUAGUCAUUUUAUUGUUUAACUUCUCUUCCCCACAUUUUAUGCUGCCUUACAUAAUGUGUGCAGUGAAUGACCAGAUCAUUGUUGGAAAUUAUGUAAAAUACGUAUAUUUUUUUUGUCCUGAAAGCCUUAUUCAAUGUAAAUAGUGUAUUUUAAAAGCUUUGCAAUUCUACAUGUAUUUUUCUGUUUAUGGAUUUUGUUACUACAGUAUGUAAUGAUUUCACUUGGGCGUACUAAACUCUGAAUAGCAUCAAGUAAAUGGGUCUCCCAUUUAAGACAAACAUUGCAUAAGGUCCCAGGCCAACAUACAGGCUUUAUAAGGUUUUAUUAAAGGGCAAAAGAAACGUUCUGAAAAGGGACUGUAUCCACACAUUUACUAGUGUCAUCACCAUUCCUCUCUUCAGUACAUGGUUUGUUGGAAGUGUUUCUUUAAAGCUGGAAUCCAUUUUGAUGAAACUGCUAAGUCCUUCUGCGAUAUUACAGCAACAAAUAUGUUAGUUUGAGAAAAGUUUUUUUUCCCCUCCAGAUAUUGAACAUCAUUGCACGCAGAGAAGAACCGCAGAGUAUGUACUGCGAUUUUAUUUGUAUAUAACAGCGCCACUGGUAUAUAUAUGAUCGGUGGCGCUGUUUCACCUUUCGCGGCUCUCAGCUUUAAAGCACGGGUAAUUGUUUUGAUGUACAUGUUUUGUCAACGAUUUGGAAAUUAAAUAGUAUUGAUUAGUUAUCCUCACGUAGGAGUGCAUGACCAUUGGUUUUCAAUUUCCAGUCUCACAGAAUAUUGAAUACACAAGCACAUUUUUUUGGGACUUAUAUUGGUAGAGUUUCCUGGAUUCAGUUUAUUUCUCUGUAGUAUGACUUUAAAAGUGAGUGGUACAGAGACAUUGCCGUUUUUGUCCGUAGAUUUUUGGCUUUAGCAACCUUAUUGUACGUUCCUGUUCUUCAUAUAAGUUUAAAAUAAAGUUAGAAAGCAUUUUUACAUUGUCUACUUAUUUGGUAUGUGUCUCAAUGAAUAGAAGUGCUGAUCUGGGCCUGUGUCCACACAGUGUCUCAGAGUAGAAAAGUUGUCCUAAAUGCUGGAAAUAGAGAUAUUUUAUUCCCCCUCUUAUGUGUAUGCAUGAAGCCUCAAAUCGAGUCCCACCUUGUCGACAGAUAUAUAUGAGACCUCAUGAGCUGUCAUAAACAGUUAAGAGUUACCAGCUGGUGUCUUGAUAUAGAAAAAGGCACAGAAAGGCAAUUGCUUUGGAGUUGUUGAAAUAAUGUUUUGAUAUUUCUGUAUGAUCAACCCAUCUUGACCCACAUGCAACAGUAUGCUUUUGACAAUGACUUCACCUGAGGCCUAAUUUAGGAGAGACCGGGACAUGUCACACUUUUCGCUUAAGUGUAGAUUUCUCAGCAUUGGUAUAUCUAUUAAGACCAAUCUAAAUAUUGAUGAAUAGAUCAAGGUCUUGCCCCAAAAAUGUCACGUUUUUUCAAAACGUAUUGCAAAAUUAAGUUAUUACUGAUAAACACUGAGCAGUUGUGACAUCUUGCCCCAUACCGUAGCGGGUAUGGGGCAAACUGUCACAAUGUUAUGUGUUGUUAGUGCCAACAGUUGAAGCAUCAUUCAUCACUUGAUGAAUAAGUAAGAAUAUUCUACAAAAAGCUAACUAAAUGAUUGCAAGUAUAUCAAAUUUUACUGCUUAUUGGGGAUAAUUACACUUUGUUGUCAUAAGUCCUUAUAAAUGAACUGAAUAUGAUAAUAAAUUACAAUGUCAAUGUU